AUGUUGAUUGAUUAUCCUCCCACCAUUAAUUUUAUUAAUUUUAAUCAGACCGGUUCUUGUAUUUCCAUUGCUACUGAUGAUGGAUUUAGUAUUUAUAAUUGUGAUCCCUUUGGUAAAUUUUAUUCUCAAAAGAAGUUGUUUCAGAAAGAUGUGUCGGCAUCAGAUUCUGUAAAUGUUACUUUGAAUAAUGAUGGGAAAGGUGAUAGUUAUUCUAUAGUAGAGAUGUUAUUUUCUACAUCCCUUUUAGCAGUUGUUGGGUUGGGGGAUCAACCUGCAUUAUCUCAAAGAAGACUAACUAUGAUCAAUACAAAGACGUAUUCAAUUAUAUGUGAAGUUACGUUUCCGUCUGCUAUUCUUUCUGUUAAAAUGAAUAAGUCCAGGUUAGUCGUUUUAUUGAGGGAUCAAAUUUAUAUCUACGAUAUCAAUAAUAUGAGGUUAUUACAUACUAUUGAAACUACAUCAAAUAAAUUGGGAAUUAUUUCGAUAUCGUCUUCUCCUUCUCCUGACCAUAACAUGUAUCUGGCAUAUCCUUCACCUCCAAAAUUCAUCAACUCAGACAUAAAAUCGAAUUUGACCACUAAUAAUAUUUCCAUUGCAUCGAGCUCAUCGUCUCAAGUUGAGCCGCCUUUAAAUCCACAACAGAGGUCUAAUUUUAGUGGGAACACGCUGGAGACUAUCCAAGAUGGGAAAAGCUACGAUGGUAGCAAUAACAGUAAUAACGGUAACAAUAAUAAUAAUAAUAAUAAUAAUAAUAAUAAUAAUAAUAAUAAUAAUAAUAAUAAUAAUAAUAAUAAUAAUAAUAGCAAUAAUGAAGAAAAUUCUAAUUCUAAAUCAUUUCAACAAACAGGCAUAACCGGAAGUAGCAAUAGCACCAUAAUGAAGAAUGGUGAUGUGAUACUUUUCGAUUUACAAACAUUGCAACCUACAAUGGUUAUUGAAGCUCAUAAAGGUCCCAUUGCAGCUUUGACAUUGAGUUUUGAUGGUUCUCUUUUGGCAACAGCUUCCGAAAAAGGUACUAUAAUAAGAGUCUUCAAUGUCGAAACCGGUGCUAAAAUAUAUCAAUUCAGAAGAGGUACUUAUCCAACAGAAGUUUACUCAUUAGCCUUUAGCAAAGAUAACCAGUUUUUAGCGGCUACAUCUUCAAGCAAAACUGUUCAUAUUUUUAAAUUGGGGAAAAUUAUGGAAACUAGCAGUGAUGAUAAUAAUAAUAACACAGAUGAUGAUUCUUUAAAUGCUGGCAAUAUAGAUUCUGAAAUUGUAACCAAUCUAUCAUCAGAAAGCCUUACGGAGUCUCAAUCUAAAGAUCCGCAUGUAGAUACAUCAAGAAGUACAGUGGGUCGUAUGAUCAGAAAAUCGUCUCAACAAUUAUCUAGACAAGCAGCAAAAAAAUUAGGCCAAAUUUUCCCACUAAAAGUGGCAUCUAUCUUAGAAUCUUCAAGGCAUUUUGCAAGUUUCAAAUUACCUACUACAGGUUCAGGCGGUGGUAAUUCUACGGGUGCUGGUGGUCAGAUAAAAAGCAUAUCGUGUUUUGGUGAAGAAAUCGAAUUAGAUUCAUCUGAAUAUCCUGAACUAUUUAACCAAGGUCAAGAUACCACGUCCAACAUAUCACAGUCUAAAAAUCCUAAACUCAUGAAGAUGCAACCAAUUAGAAUCGUGUCCUCGGACGGUAAUUAUUACAACUACAUUCUAGAUCCAGAAAGAGGUGGUGACUGUUUAUUAUUGUCGCAAUAUUCAAUCCUAACGAACUGA